GCCUAUCAACUCCAGGAGGCUGGAUUGCCUUUUCUGUUCAGGGGUCAUAACUAAGGGACUAAAAUGGUUAUAUUGCUACUAGACUGUUAUUGCCCCCCGAUAUUGCCAGAAAAUAUCAAACCUGUAGUGUUGUGCGUAUCUGUUGUUACCCACAGUCCCUGUUAUAGGGUGUCCCCCAGUUUGAACCAGUGACGUGUGUAAGUGUCACUGGUUAAAGCUCCGCCCCUCCAAGGAAUUCCUGGUAGCCAAAGCUGGAGAGGGAUCACAGACCUGUGUGUUUGUGAAAGAGAAGGUGUGGGAGCUGGGUGCCUCCCAGAGACUGACACUCCUUUGUGUAAGAUGCAGUUGCGCUAAAAUUAGAGGGAGGUGCCGUGGAUAAGGAAGAAGUAGCAAUGACGGAGACUUCUGGAGAGAUUUGAAGAGAAGAGUUUCAUCUGUUCUGGGAGGUUCAUCCAUUGAAAAAGGUCCUAAGAGGUUCAUACUGAGAGAGCCCGUUCAUCCACUGAGACAGCUGGUCUGACAGAAGAAAGGGUUAAGAGGACAGGAAAAGACAGGAAAACACGCCAUCUGUUCCAACAAAUUCCUCACGCCUGGCCAUGAGUGACAUUCUUCCCAGCUCUGUUGCUGGGUCCCUGGAGCCAGAGCUCCGAUUGGUUCUCCUGGGAUCCAUUGGGUGUGGCAAGACCCUUACGGGAGACACCCUCCUGGGCGUCCCCUCCUCUCCCUUCGCCUCUGGUCCAUCCCCGAGACUUUGUCAUCUGCGGCGCGGGACAUCGGCGGGCCGCCGAUUGACUGUCGUGGAGGCCCCGCGCUGGUACUGGAGCGGGGGCCACAUGGACACUGACGUCAGGAAGGAAACAGAAAGGGCCUUUGACCUCUGUGACCCGGGGCCCCAUGCCUUCCUGCUGCUCGUGCCUAUUGGACAGUUCACUGAGGUGGAGCGCAGGGUUCCGUCUGAGCUGGAGGUGGUGUUCGGCGAGGGGGUGUUGGACCACACCCUGGUGGUGCUCACCUGUGGGGACUACCUGAUGGGAAAGGAGGCAGGACGCUACCUGGAGGGGGAGGACCCUGGUCUCAGGGAGGUGAUUAACAGGUGUGGGGGCCGGUACCACGUCAUCAACAACCGCCAGAGCCAGGACAGGAACCAGGUCAGGGAGCUUCUGGAGAAGGUGGAGAACAUAGUAGAAAAGAGAAGAGGAUGCUACAUGAAACAAAACACCCUGCAAAGAGAGAAUGAAGCGCUAGCGAGGGAGAGAGAGGAGGAGAGAGAGAAGGAGGAGAGAGAGAGGGAGGAGCGAGCGAGGCAGAAUGAGAGAGAGAAGCAAGCAAGACAGAAAGAGACGGAGGAGCAAAAAGAGAGGGAGGAGCGAGCGAGGCAGAAAGAGACGGAGGAGCAAGCGAGGCAGAAAGAGACGGAGGAGCAAGCGAGGCAGAAAGAGACGGAGGAGCAAGCGAGGCAGAAAGAGAGGGAGGAGCAAGCGAAGGAGAGAGAAAAGGAACUGAGGGAGGUGAAAGUACAAGCCGGGGAGAGAGUGAUGGAAGGGCGAGCAAGCGAGAGAGAGAGGGAACUGAGGCAGAAGCAGGCAGAGGUAGAGGAAGAAAAGAGAGCGACUGUGCUGGAGUCAAGUCAUGCGACUGUCACACAGACACGCAGAUACUGGGGAAGCCGGUCCACAGUCCUACCCAAGUCGCCUUUGGAGAGGAGAGUGGAAGAGGUGCAGGGAAUGGAGGACUACAGGUUGCAGGUGGAAGAGAAAGAAAAGAGGGAAGAGAUGAUGAGAAGGAAAGAGAGGGAAGGAAUGGAGGACAGAAGAGAAGGGACAGAGAAUGGAAAGGAAUUGAUGGAGGAGAGAGUCACCGCGAAACCCGCUGUUAAAAAUCUUUAUUCAGCGCCGGUGCCACAACCGCAGCCAUCAGAGCCCCGAAAUGGUGGUCCGACUGUGUUCACAAGGACCCCCAGUUUCAAUCUGACUAAAGAGGGAGCUGUACUCUCACAGAUGUCAGAAGAUAGAACAGAGCCAACCAAGAAAGUUGUCAAUACAAUCUACCACAGAAUCAACAGCUCCGAAAUGAUGACGCCCUCCUCUCCCAGAUCCUCGCCCUCCUCACCCCUUGUGCAUACUGACGCCUCCCCCUCCUCUCCUUUAUUCUCCCCUGCACCUUCAUCCCCCCCACCCUCCUCCUCUGAGAUGCGUGUCGUGAUGCUGGGCCGGUCAGGAUCAGGGAAGAGUGCGGUGGGAAAUGUCCUACUCGGCAGAGAGGAGUUUGUGUCUCUACCAGACCGCCCAACCCCCAUCACUCAAGACUGCCAGAAGGGGAGGGCCAUCGUCGCCGGGAGACACGUGGCAGUAGUGGACACGCCGGACUGGUCCCACUCCGACCACCCCCCAGAACGGGUCCGUUCCCAGCUAUCAUCCUGUGUGGCCCUCGCGGCCCCGGGCCCCCAUGCCUUCCUCUUCUGUGUCCCGGUGGACCAGCCUGCCCGAGAGGAGCUGAAGGCCCUGAAUGUCCUGGAGAAGGUGUUUGGGCCCGGGGCCGUACGGACACACACCCUGGUCCUCUUCACACACGCUGACCGGCUGAGAAGGAGCGGUAAAGCCUCAGACGGGGGAGUGGACGAGGUGGAGAGGUACAUCUCCAGCCAGAGGCGGGACCUGCUGGAGCUUGUCGAACGAUGUGGGGAUCGCUAUCACGUGAUGGAGGGAGGUGCUAGGGUAGGAGGAGGAGCGGAGGAGGAGAGGAGGAGUGUGGAACAGUUACUGGAGAAGGUGGAGAGGACGGUGAGAGAGGGAGGUGGCGGGUGGUACUCCUGUAUUCUCUUCCAGGAGGCAGAGGACAGAGUUAGACAGAGACAGACGGAGAUAGCGAGGGAACGAAGAGGAGGUCAGGGUCUCCGUUCCCCCUCCAUGCAGCCCGUGACGGAGACAGAGGAGGAGGAAGUGAAGCAGGAGGAGAUAGAACGAACGAGGGAGGAGGCGGAGAGGAGCGUCAGUGUUAUGGAACUAGAGGGUCUUCCCUCGUUCUCCUCUCCUCCCUCUUUCAUGACUUCCAUCUGGGAUGCAGUGGGAGGGGCGGGGGGCAAGGUACUGAGUGCCUUCCCCCGCCCUGUCUGGGGCAAUAAAACGGGAGCAGGGGCCAUCAAUGUGGAGAAUCUUCCUUCCCUCCCCUCGUCCGCACAGUCCCCCUCUUCCCUCCCCUCGUCCGCACGGUCCCCCUCUUCCCUCCCCUCGUCCGCACAGCCCCCCUCUUUCCUCCGCUCUGUGUGGGAGAAGGUGGGGGCGGGGGCGAGCAGGAUCCCCAAGUCUACCGCCGGGGGUGCGUUCCUGGGCGCGGUGUUAGGAGUGUUCCUCGGGGGGCCAGUGGGGGGCGCUAUAGGGGCCACUGUCGGUUCUGUGAUGACUGAGGUGGGCAGGUGGAGGUCCAGCACGAAGAAGAACUCCCCAGAAGAGACCGAUCUGAUUGCGGGUUUAGAGGGACAGAUGGACGAACCACUGGAAACUGAGUGAGAGACGCAUGACCACUGGAAUGUACUGAACAGUGUACAGACGGGAGAUCAUUUUAUACACGUAGUUGUUAGAUCAUUCCAAGUGAUUGUGAUGGAUAUGUGUGUGUAUAUAUAUAUAUAUAUGAUACACACACAGUAUAUGCUGGUGGCUGAUAUAUGAUUGGUUUAUGAGGCUGUGUUACCAUGGGUAUGACAUCGCUUUGGCCAUAUGCCACACCCCUUUGUACCUUAUUGAUUAAAAUAUGUUUAAUGAAAUACAUUGACACAAAGGGUUAAUGGGGGGGGGGGGGGGCAAUUCUCUCUGCUUUCAGACCAAUCUGCCACAGGAUUCGUCACUUCACAAAACCCAUUUUCUGGGGUGGAGUUCAUAUCUUGACCAUGUGGUGUUAUUUUCUCCCAAAAAAGAACAGUUUGGAUUAGAAAUAUUAAUGAAUACAUUAAUAUAUUAUAGUAAUAUGUAAUUAUGACUGAUAAGAUGCACUAAUAAUAAUAGGUCUGUAUUUAUUACUUUGAUUGCUGCGAGACAUUUGGGGAAAGGUUCUGUUGUGGUUCUCCAGAGCUUUUUAAAUUGAGAUGGUGUAUUUACAGCCCAUUCGUUCAUUAGAGAUGGUGUAUUUACAGCCCAUUCAAUAAUUAGAGAAGGUGCAAGGAAUCACAUUUUGGUGAUUUUCCAAAUUAGGUUUAUGAAAAAUAAAUUACUGGAAUUAUUAAACAAACUAAAUAGAUUAUAUUUUGUUAAUAUAAUAUUAAAAAGGGUUACCAUUGCAGAGAACAAGCUCAGACCUGUGGAUUUUGUUUUGGCGCUGUAUCUCAUUUAUUCACUUACUAAAAUGUCCUCUCAUCAAUUACUUAAUCGUUUUUGUUCCACUUCCUUUCCAGCUGGUACAUUUGUAACAAUGAUUUUUGGCAAUAGAAUAAUAUGCAUUGAAACAGGGUUUCUUUAAAGGUUUGCAGUAUUGUGCCUGUCAGAUGGCUUUGCGUUUAAUAUAUAUCAGUGAUUCCACAGUUUGAACACCUCAUAUGUCCUGACACUCACCUGUCACACUCAUUUCACAGUGGUUUAAAAAGGCCUACAGAAUAGGGUCUGAAAUCCAGCAGCGGCCCUGAUUUAUGGCACCGAGAUCCGGGUGUGGUGUCAAACUAGGUGGGCCUCGAUGGAGGUUUGUGAGUAGGUGUGGAGAGGCUGGGGAGGGUUGGAGGAGGAGCCUGGAGAGGCCACGAGGGGCACUAUCUCUACAUCCCAGACUGCUUUGCACCACCCAUGGGGGGCCAGGAGAGAGGGCCGGUGCCGGGCGGGCGUGUGGGGACCCGGGCCCCGGGCUGUCAUGUCAGAGACGAAGGCAACGGCGUUAUGCAACCUGUCCUUCCUGUUGUGUCAGCGAGGCGGGGUGUGGUGGUGGGGGGUCCGAGAAAGGGAAAGGAAAGGGCCGUGGCGGUGGUUUUUCUCUCGUUUUCGCCCCCUCCCCCCUUCCCUUGCUCCCCUAUUCCAUGCAUAUGGCGGUUGGUUUCCACCGCAGUAUCCCCUUCAGGAAGCUCGUUGGCUGUCGAUGAGACAGCACUAACUGUAGAGCCAUUUCCUGGCCACCUGAUAGCUAGAGACGUGGAGCCAAACCCGGGGUGGGGGGGGGGGGGGGCGACCACGCCCCCUCUCCACAACACCUUCGUCGUCCUCCCUUCUCACCGCCCAAACCGACCAUGAACUUGACCUCCCUGGAACCCUGUGACUGCUUGGCCUUGGUAUCGGCCCACUCUGGCCUCGCACGGCCCCAUCCCGCUGGCAGCUGUGCCGGGAGGAAAGACGAACGCGUCAGUCAUUGUGAACGGGUGGUGCGAGCAGAGCAAAGGCACCACCCCCGCCCCCGUUUCAUUUUUCUUUCCAUGGCCGGGAUUCUCACGGUAAUGUCACGGGUCUGCUAUGUCCGGCUGGGGGACGUCAUCAUCAUCAGUCUGCCAACCAAAUGUUCUUUUCGUUAAAAUUUAUACCCGUUGCUUUGAUUUUCGGUUUUAGUUCUCUCUCCUCUCUCCCGAUCUUUCCCUCCCUCCCUCCCAUCUGGCUUUCGCUCUCUCCCUCUCCCUCUCUCUCUCCCUCUCUCUCCCUUUUUGUUUCUCUCCAGCGUUAAAAAUCUGUUGUGCAUCUGAAAGACAAUCAAAUGUGAACAGAGUGAAUGAAACCAUGUAUUGAACAAAUCAUUUCCUAACUGUACUGGUAUUUGAUGAUGGCUUUGG